AUGUACGCCAACACCUCUGACCUCCCCAUCCAUUGUCAUGACUCCAGUCCUGGGAUUUUCAUCUUCAUGGCCUUCACCGUGACCAGCAUCACCUUCCUCCCGCUCCACAUGUUGGUCCUCUUCAUCGGUUACCAGCAGUGGAGGCAGAGACGCGCCGUCUCGACAGAAACCGUCACAAACCACUCGGACGUCUUCACCUUUUACAUCGUUGGCCUUCAGUUCAUGGCUGUCUUUGGUUGUUGCCUUUACAGCGGUGGAGCUUUAGCAGAAAAUGAAACUUUAAUAUCUGUGGGGACUGACCUGAUUGGCGUCACCUCAUCGGGACAGGUUCUGUUCCACCUGCUCACCUGUGCAGAGCGGUACCUGGCUGUUAUUUAUCCCAUCACCUACCAUAAGCUGAGACAGAGAGGGGGAGUGAGGAUCAGAAACAUCAGCAUCGGCUGUGUUUGGAUCCUGUGCUCCGGGUUCUUGUUUUCAAUGAUCUGUAAACAGAGAUCCGUCACCAGCAUUACCGCCGGCUGCGUUUUAGUUUUCGCCUUGGUUGUCGUUUGUUUCUGCAGCUUUUCUGUCCUCAGAGCUUUGGUUCGUCCAGGUCCAGGGGAUGGGGGCAGGGAUCGGGCACAGGUUGACCAAACAAAGAAAAAGGCUUUCUACACCAUCACGACCAUUUUAGGAACUCUGCUGUUGAGGUUUGUGACCACACUUGUGACUGGGAUGGUCUUUUCUUCAGAGCCGACACACGCCAAGUGUGCAGUGGGGUCCUCGAUGAUUUGGUUUACUCUCCCCAGUAAUCUGGUCUUACCUUUGCUGUUCUUACACAGAGCUGGUAAACUCCCAGGCUGGAAGCGCAAGUCCGACUCCGGAUAAAAACUUUAUUCAACUCAAUAUAACUGAAGUAAACUAAAAUCCACUUUCACUGCAUCAACAUCCUUCCAUCUUUUUUCUUUUCCUUAUCUGCGAUCGGGUUGUUUGGGCUGCAGUUUCAGCAUUUAUAUAAGUUUUAAAUCCCAACGACUGAAAUGUCAAAUCGACUGGAUCAUUAACCGCUCUGAUGUCACUCAUGAAGAAGGUAGUACUCCUUUUCUCUUGACUGUAUUAAUCAAUGCAUCAAUAACUCAUAGUCUGUAUGCUAACCCUUUAAUUUGAAUCAAUAGUGCCAGUGUUCGUAGGUCAUUUGGUUUCUGUCAGAUAUGAUGGAGCUAAAUGUGGAGACCGAAAUCAAAAUUUGUCCCAGGAUAACUGACUUUGUCUGUUUUACGUUACCAAAAUGUUGGAAGUUUUACUAAAACACACAAAAGUUCAGCAUGAAAUUAGUAAAAUACUGCGUCUAAAAGGAGAAAACUGCUUCAGUGUCUUGGAUCAGGACACCAUUCAUCAUCAUUAGGCUGAGUACUGGGGUAAUUUGUGGAGAAGUUCCUUCAUUUGUGAUGUAUCAUUCAAAUAUCAGAUUUGUGUUUGUCGUUCACCAUGCAAAGGAGUCCACAUUCACGUCUGUAUAAGUCCGGCUGCCUGUAAGGGGUGAGCAGUAGGAGUAAAGACAGGUGGAGUGAGCUCUGCUGCAAAGGUGAGUGUAGAAAUAUCAGUCAGUUCUUCGUCGUCUCCUGAAACAUCGUGUGGUUUCUCUCUAACUCGUCCCGUUCUUGUCUUCGUGUCCUCCAGGUCUACAGCGUCAAACAGCAAACAUGUCUAUGAACUCCUCUUCUGCGACAAACUCCAGCGAUUCUCUCGAGGUCUACUACUGCACCGUCGUCAACUUCUACAUCAUUAUUGGGUUCAGAGUGGUACGAGCCCUCCUCACCAUUCCCAUCUGUGUCUUCGUCCUCUAUUUGGGUCACCGAAGAUGGCGGCAGCAGCGCUCCUCCAAAUCCAUAAGCCACUCCGACGUCUUCACCUACCACCAGAUCGCGAUGGAGUUCCUCUGUCUGUUGGGCUUCUUCUUCUACCUUUAUGGCAACUUUGCUGAAAUCAGAUUGAUAGUGGCUCUUUCAUAUCUUUUUUCUUCUGUGGUCUAUUACGGGGGGACCCUCUUCCACGUUCUGACCUGUGUGGAGCGAUACCUGGCCGUUGUCCAUCCUGUGACAUAUCUUGGGCUAAAAAACGAGCGCGGUGUCUGUUUGCGGAACAUUAGCAUCGGGUUUGUUUGGCUGCUGAGCUUCGUGCUGUGGGGUGUAGGGCUCGAAAGCGAAUAUGGCUUCCCCAUUGCCCCAGUUCUGAGUACUGCAUCCUUCGCCUUGAUCAUCAUAUGUUUCUGUAACAUAUCUAUUCUAUGUGUUCUGGUUCGGCCAAAACCGGGGGAGGGGGCCGGGGUUGAACAAACUAAGCUGAGAGCUUUCCAGACUAUCACAGCCAUCAUGGGGGUGCUGUGUUUUUGGUUUGUGGGGUUUCUGGUUUCAGUAUCUCUCAGGAGAACAGGAGUGCUGAUCCGGAGUGUCAGGUGUGUCGUGAUCGCGACUUUAAGCUGCUACAACGUGCCAAGUAGUUUAGUUUUACCUUUGCUUUAUCUACACAGGGCGGGGAAACUACCUUGUUGCAGCUACAACAAUUCAAAAACUUAA